AACGUAUCGGAUAUGUGGUGUAUUUUUACAUCCUUUUUGAGGCAAACAGCUGUUGGGCAAUUGAAAUGAAAGAUCAAUCGGUCGCAAAAGAAAUGUCUACUGUCAUUGUGAAGCUGGAUCGAAGCGCAGUCAUGUUAGGAGAUACGGAAACACAAGAUGCAAACCCAAGCGCAUACGUGCACCUCUCAGAUAAGGUCGAGGAGAGCAAAUCGCAACUUGAGAAACGAAGUUUGUUCAGAACUCUACUAGGAGACAUCCCGACAAUAAACAACACAGGGGUAAAUAUAGGCCAUGGUAAUGGAGGACUCUACAUCAACGGCUUACCAAGCAAUCCUGAUUGGUUCAUCUCCAAAUAUUCUGGCCUUUUUAAAAGUUUUAGCAUUGGGCCUGUUCAUUGCAGAUGGGCUAGCAAGAGCCACAGUCAAGAGGUCGUCUUUAAGGGAAGAAAAGUUAAAGUCAACGGUCAUGUUGUCUGCCAAGACAUGUCCACUUUAAAAUCUAAGGAGCCGUACUAUCAGCUGGCUUACGGGGCAUUGUGGUACACCAACUUGCCAUUGGCCAAGAAAUUGACGGAGGAAGAGAAAAAUCACGAAGCUAUGAAGAUGGCCGAAGGGUCUGUGCCGGGGUUUUGCGGCAGACAAAACACUUGCGGCCUUUCAGUUUUCGACGCAGUGCAAAGCGCCUGUUCUCACGCAUAUUAAGGUUUCUUGGGUUUAAAAAACGUAAGAAACACCAUUAGUUAUACACUUUUAGUGACGACUUGCAGACACUUCUUGGGGUAACCCUUCUGGCAGCGGUAGAUAAACGUAAUAGAACAUUAGAGUCAGAGGCCUUAAAAUUUAUUGUUUUUUAUGUAAUACUGAUGUAUUUAUUAUUAGUUCCAUGGUUAACUGAUAAAACGAGGAGAUAUACUACCUAAUAAUGUAAAAAUGAAUUUAUAUUUUAAGUUUGUCUGAUUUUGAUGAAAAAGGAAUGUAGACGUUACUUUGUUUGAACAAUCUUUUAGGUGAUCUUUGCCCAAAUGUUCAAAAAUACAGUGCACGAAGAUACAGAAUAUAAUUAAUAUUAAAAACUGGGUCAAAAUUUCAAGCCAUCUUUUGCGUUAUGAAUGAUGUUGUAGGCGUUUGAAGAUCAUCGAUCCCACAACGGGCAACCGCGAACGCCCCGGCAAAAUUAAGAGCACGAUUUGUUUCCGAAUCCCUGUUUUUGUCCUCAAACUUUAUAUUUAUCACUACCAAAUGCUACUAGUUUUGGUACUUGUGGGUCCUUUUUGCGUCAAAUAAUCCAGAAUGAAGCAUUCGACUCUGUGAUGUGGUCGUCACUUCCCUCUUCCGACUUACAUAUCAUGCUCAUUUUUCUCUACAUUAUUGUUAUCGCUUCAUUCUUCUGUUGCUCCUCUCGUUAUAUUUUAACUUUUGAUAUAUUUGGUUUUAGAAUUUUAAUAGCGUGUUAAUUUACAGUUUUCAUUAUUUUAUAAAUAGCCUAUUUUGCACCAUUGUAGUUUAGUUUACUUUCUUGAGUUUUCAUUUGAACUUGUACCUCUGCUGAUGACAUUAUUUGCCAGAGGUCUCAAGUCUCAGGUCUCAGGUCUCAGGUCUCAGGUCAAGAUGUAACUUUUCUUCAAAAUUUAAAUUAUUCUUAUUUUGCAGCAUAAUAGUUUUUUUU